CGGGAACAACAUACAUAUUUAGCAAAGGUGGUGGACAGAUUACAUAUACCUGGCCUCCCAAUGAUCGUCCCAGCACACGAGCAGAUAGACUGGCAAUAGGGUUUAGCACUGUUCAGAAAGAAGCCAUCUUGGUGCGUGUGGAUAGCUCGACUGGGCUCGGUGAUUAUUUAGAGCUGCACAUCCACCAAGGGAAAAUUGGUGUUAAAUUUAAUGUUGGAACAGAUGAUAUCGCAAUUGAAGAAGUCAACGCAAUCAUUAAUGAUGGGAAAUACCAUGUAGUACGUUUUACAAGAAGUGGUGGUAAUGCCACAUUACAGGUGGACAACUGGCCGGUUAUAGAACGCUACCCAGCAGGAAACAAUGAUAACGAGCGCCUGGCGAUUGCUAGACAGCGAAUUCCAUAUCGGCUUGGUCGAGUAGUUGAUGAAUGGCUACUCGACAAAGGGCGUCAGCUCACAAUCUUCAAUAGCCAAGCAACGAUAAAAAUUGGAGGCAAGGAGCGAGGUCAUCCAUUUCAGGGUCAGCUUUCUGGACUCUACUACAAUGGUUUGAAAGUCCUGAACAUGGCUGCCGAGAAUGACGCCAACAUAGUGAUAGAAGGGAAUGUGAGACUUGUUGGUGAAGUGCCUUCCUCUAUGACAACUGAGUCAACUGCCACUGCAAUGCAAUCAGAGAUGUCCACAUCAGUCAUGGAAACCACUACCACUCUGGCUACCAGCACAGCUAGAAGAGGAAAGCCACCUACGAAGGAAUCAAUUGUUCAGACCACAGAUGACAUCUUGGUGGCCUCAGCUGAAUGCCCCAGCGAUGAUGAGGACAUUGAUCCCUGUGAGACGAGCUCAGCAAGUCCUACCAAGCCAGGACGAGGAGGAUACCCAAGUUCAGAAGAGGUGGUUCGGGAAUCCAGCAGCACAACUGGCAUGGUGGUCGGGAUUGUGGCAGCAGCCGCUCUGUGCAUUCUCAUCCUCCUCUACGCUAUGUACAAGUACAGGAACCGAGAUGAAGGCUCCUAUCAUGUUGAUGAGAGUCGAAACUACAUCAGUAACUCAGCACAGUCCAACGGGGCUGUGAUUAAGGAAAAGCAACCCAACAGCUCUAAAAGCUCCAACAAAAAUAAGAAAAACAAGGAUAAGGAGUACUAUGUCUGAUCCCAACGACUGGAAAGAACAAUUGUAUAGAAAUAGUCUUCAUUUUAUCUGAGACAUAAAACAAAACUUAUUUACUUUACUUUUUAUGAAGCACAUACAAAGUUUAAAAAAAAUGGGGAAAGGAGAACACAGGGAAUGCAAUUAGAAAGGAAAGACUUUUUAACAAAACAAGGAACGAAAAAAUGAAAUAAGCAUUUCAUACUCUGGUUUCUCUGAAACGGGAGUCAGUAAACCCCCUUACAUUCACAGUGUUUUCAUUUACUCUGCCAUCUUUAUGUUGAUGGAAUGUUUCUGAAGAAGAUGUUGGUACUACUGCACACUCAUAAGGCAAAGAGUAUUACUCCAAAACAUCACCCAGCACAACACAAAUUGUGACAAACUGAAACAAACAAGAGAUGAAAUCCUGCACACACCCACAAUAAAGAAGCUACCUAUGAGUCUGGAUUUAGCCAAAGUGCUUGCGCUUUCCUGAGGAGUCAGUCAGUCUGAUUACCCGAAAAGACUUUGCCAUUCCACACAAGCCCUCAACGAGCAAAGGCUGAAACUGCGCUUGCCACCUGGUGCAACAAAACAAUGAUUGGAGCAUGGGUUUGAAGUAAAGUGCUGGCUUUUCUGAAUAAACCACAUUUAAAAACAGAAGAAGAAAACAUUGUUGAAAAGAGCCCCUUUCUGGUUGUGAGGAAAAAGUAUAGCGGCCUUAUUUUCAAAAAUAACAAUAAACCAAGAAACAAAAUACAUGAAAUAUAAGGCUUAUUUUCACACACCAUUACCAACAAACCUGAGGGCAUAGAUGCAAUCAUUGGAAUAAAAAAUCAUGCACGCUUAGUAUGUUAUUACCUAUGUUUAUAUUAAAAACACAUCUAUAUGUGCUUUCUGGACUGUGAUAAGUGAUGUUUUCUAGCCUGUUGUAUAGAAAAUGCAAACUAUAUCUGCUCUUCAACCAUUUUUGGUAAACUCAAUGUUCUAAGUGUUGCUAGGUAUAGAAUGUUUUAUGACAUCUGGAGCAACCAACAUUUCUGUUUACUUUUGCAGCCAUGAGAAACUGCCACAAUUUUUAUUCCCUUCCUGUCUCCCUCCCUCCCUUCCUCCCUCCCUCCCUUCCUCCCUUCCUUCCUGGGUUUGGUUUUAAUUUACAGUGUAGUAAAUAUACUAAACAGGAUGUGUAUGAAUGUAUAUAAGAGUCAGCUAAUUUUCUUCUUAACUUGUACAGCCUCUCUUCUUUUGCAGUUCAGUUUUAGUAGUUUGUAUGAAAGAAGUGGACUUAGAAAGCAAAUAUAUAUAGAUAUAAACUUCAUAAUUUUCUUCUCCAAUUGUCUAUCCUCUCCUAUGAUACAUUAGCAAGAUCAAUCACUAUUGUGUGAUUUCAGCUCUUUUCUCUUCCCACCCCCAUUAAACCCAACACAGACCUGCUGAUUUAAGUGACCUUUACACUCCAGUUCAACUUUCUGGCUGCUUGCCAAGCAAUCAAGAAAAAGAUUGAAUUCCAUAUCUUUCAUCUAAACCUUUAUUAUCAUUUGCUUCUUAAUUAUAGUGUAGCAUUAUACAGUUGGUUGGUAAAGAAAUUCAGAAAUCUGCCCUUUAAAGUACUCUCACUAAAGCAACCCUGAGUUAGGAAAAACAUUAAUGUUCUCAACAUAAACUCUGCAAAACAAGAACAAAAGUUGCACCUUUUGUCAAAUAAGGAACAGUUCUCCUUUUAGCCUGUUUUUAAUUACCCGACUCUUACCCUAAGCUUGAAUAGAUUUUCUUAUUCUAAGCUAAAUGAGUACAGCGGUUUGGUAAUAGACAUUCUUUAAGAUUCUCUACAUAGAUAUAUAUGUAUAAACAUUACAAGCAUUCUGGUUUAUAUACAUGCUUAUGUUACAGAUUUGCAAGUUUGUUUUUUGUGUUUUUUUUUUAACAACAACAACAAAGAGACUGCUCCACUGGGUUCCCAACGAUGUCAUUCUGUAGCAUCUUACUUAGAAAGAUACAAGUACAUUAUGCAGAAAGAUAGUUCAGUAGAAAAUCAGUCUUAUCCUAGAAGGCCUCCUGGGAGGAAUAGAAUUGUUCACACUUUACAGACAGGAAAAAGGAAUUUAAAAUUAGCUUUAAUCAACAAGGCACUGUAUUUUCUUGUAUGCUGUUUGCUGCUGUUGUGGCAAAAGACUGGGAACUGGUGUUCAACAGAGCAAUACUUUAGAAAUACAGCAGAACACUGCUAAAUGAUUUGAACAAUGUGCUUUGUGUCAAGGGCUUGUGAGAGAAGAAAGGAUGAUGCAUGAGAAUAUUUGAAGGCUACGUUGCACUCAAGAUAACCUAAAAGUUGUUUGGCCAAUUUUCCUUGUAUCUACCACCUUUUCAGUUACUUUUGCUGAGGGGAGGGCAGGAUAGGUUCACCCUAUGUUAUAAUCAUGGCAGAAACCUGGCUUUGGAACUCAAAACAAGCCAUCAGUGAGGGAUGGAUAUUCAUAAUAAUCAAGAGAGAGAUUUUAAGCUUUGGUAUACACUGAUGGCAAGGUUCUUAUGUGACUUCAUAUACUCACUCUGUUACCUAACUUUUUUUCCCCAAGCAAUUAACAUACUUACUUUUAAGGGGUAAGUGACGGGGGAUUGCUAUUUCUAGCAAAGAUAUUUCAAACUGUUUUCUGAGGAGUUACUCCUGUUCUUCCUUGUUGAUUUUGUGAUUUAAUAAUGAGCAAAAACAAAAGUGUUUGCAUUUAUCAAAUGUUUGCAGUAGCUAUAUUAAAACACUUUCUUUUUUCAAAAUGCAUAACAAAUACAUUAAUACCAUCUCUAUAAUAAUCUAAUUUGUUUGACUAAGGCUGCAAUCCUAUGCAUAAUUGGGAGGGAAGGGGUCAGUCCCAUUUAAGUCAUUGGGACUACUUCUGGAUAAACAUGCCUAGGAUUCUGCUGUGAUGAGACGGCUCUGAGUUGUUUUUUUAUUAUUGUAUUGUGUUGUCUUUUUUUUUUAACAAAACACUAAAAGAAUAUGUGAAAUUAUUCAUUCCCAAGAUAUUAAAAAAGAGGUCAGAAGCCCUUAACCUUAUAGUGCUUUCUGUGAUAGAUAUUUACAAUUUUUUUUAAUUGUUGCAAGGCCAAUUUAUCCAUUAUUGGAAAUGCUAAGCAAGUGGAA